AUGUAUUUGAUUACAAUAAUUUUUAUUUUUGUUUUUUUGUUUAUUGUUUUUGUUGAUUGUGGAAUAUUUCCAGCUUUACAAACAAAAAAUUAUUUAGGUAUUUUUAUUCAAGUUCCCUUCCAAAAAAUUUAUUUUUAUUUAUUUUUAGCCCCACCACAAUUAAAAACAUCCAUCAACAACAACAGCAAUCCCCACUCCUUUCCCUUCCCUUCUUUAAAAACAAAAAAUAACCCUCCAAAAAUAUUUUCUUUAAAAAUAAAUUCAUCAGAAACAAAAAAUAAAUUCAAAAAUUUAAAUAAAUUUCCUUCAAUUUUUCCAAAAAAUUUUAAAAAAUCAAAAAUUUCUUCUUCUUGUUGGAAUAAUAAUAAUUACCCUACAGAAGAAGAAGGAGAAGAUAAAGAAGACUAUCCCUCCCAUUCAUUUUUAAAUAAAUCUAAUAAAAUAGCCAAAAUACUUGUUUGGGAAUUUCAACUUUAUAAAUUAAAUGAGAAAUUGGAGGGGACAAAUGAUUGGGGACAACAAUUAAAUAAAGAAGAAAGAGCUAAUGUUAUUUUAAUUUCUGAAUUGUUUAGUUGGUUAACAUUAAAAGAACAUUUAAAUGUUAAUUUAAAAAAAGCUGUUGGAUUAUUAAUUGCUUUGAGGGAAAGUGACAGAAUUUUACAGAAUGCCAAUUUUCUUUGUAGUGUUUUUAAUUAUUUAAAAAGAAUUGAGGGGGAAAAGGAAGAAGAAAAAGAAUUACUUAAUCGGUGGACUUUGGAUGAAUUAAAAAUUAAUUUUUGGAAUGUUUUGGAAAUUGAGGAGGUUUUUAUUGGAAUUAUGUAUUUAGAGGAGAUAUUUAAAUAA